AUGCCCUCGCCUGCCAUCCCCUGCUGCUUCACCUGUAAUGCAAAAGAUUCUCACUUUCCCCUCUUGUCAUUCUCCCCGUCUUUGGAUUCUCCCCCUCCCCUCAUUCGCCCCCUCUUCGCAUUCUCCCCCUCCCCUCAUUCUCCCCCUCCCCGCAUUCUCCCCUUCCCCCCAUUCUCACUUUUGAGGCGCCUCAAUACUCAAUUUCUGGCGUCUUUUGAGGCGCCUCUCCCCCUCCCCGAAUUCUCCCCCGCCCCUCAUUCUCCGCAUCCCCGCGUUCUCCCCCUCUUCACAUUCUCACAUUUCACUGCAUCGCAUCGCAUCAGAUGGAUGCCCUGGAGAGCAGAAGCACUGGCAAGAGGAGAGCUUGCAGGGCGGCCUCGGCCAGUGGUGUUCAUGUCGUUUUCUGGAGGGUACAAGGCCUGCCAGUGGAAGAUCAUGGAGGUAGUAACGUUUCUGACUCGUCAUCGCUGCAUUCUGCAGGCUCUGCUCUCCACAUUCGCUCCAGAGGGGAUGCAUCGUGAUGCAACUGCCACAGGGACAGCAGCAGCUUUAGCACCAGUGCCGUCAUCAGCCUCCCCACCAUCAGCACUGCCAUCAAAGAGAGAAAGCGGCGAGGUUUCCACCUCCCACAGGCACUUCCUUUCACUCCUCCGAGAGUGCUACGCCGGGCAGGUCUUUGACUCCUCUCCCGUUGACUUCACGUCUGACCUAGGCGUCAGGUUCCUCUCCCAACCUCCACCUGUAACUGCUCAACCACAAGCCACUUCCCAAGCAUCCGCCACCUCCCAACAACCUUUACCCUCCCAACCGCCCCUCACCCCUCAAUCCACUGGUUCUGCUCCUGCUUCUGCUGUUGCGACUGCUCUUGCUGCUGCCACUACUCCUGCCACUCCUGCUCCUGUUGCUCCUGCAGCUUCUGCUGCCACAGCCGCCCAGCAGCCGAGGACUGUGCGGCACACGUUGGUGCGGUCAGCAGCUGUCGUGCUUGACUGGCUGCUGCUGCCCGAGUUUGAGAAGCAGCGGGCAGCACAGUGGGCCACACUCCUCCACUGCUCGCCCCUGGCGCCGGUGCUGCUGCUGUGCAGCACGGACGACCAGCUGGCUCCCAUUGAAUUCAUCCGCACGACCUCAUCUGCCUUCCCCCGUCCGCAUGUUCUCUUUCACCCGCAUGCCCCAUCCCCCCCUCCAGCCCCUGGCGCCGGUGCUGCUGCUGUGCAGCACGGACGACCAGCUGGCUCCCAUUGGGUUCAUUCGCCAGUAUGA